UUGUUUUAAAUAUAUGUCUUGGGGCCUUUUUUUUAGGGCGGGGAGGAGGAGGAAAGCGCUUAACAUUUUAACAUUUUGAAGAGGUGAAUCCGAAAAAUAUUCUGACAGUUGGGAGUGCGGGGGGCCACCGGCAUGACGCGCUCUCGGGCAGUUGUGGGCAGCUGAGAGUUGAAUGUCCAUGACCCUAAACAGAUGGGUUCUGGGAAAUACCUUAAAGGGUGGCCUGGGCUUUGAUCGUCCCCAAACCGGGGUGAAAGUACCUAGGCUGUGAAGUGAAGAGAGUCCGGCAACCGUCUCAGACCGUCUGUGGAUUUUCCACUUGAAGUUGCUUGCGCGUCACCAGAGCGAAAUGUCAAAGAGAGAGACUUCAAACGAACUUCCCCCACUCAUAGACUGGUCUGGACAGCUGGGACUAGAGACAACUUGUCGGAAGCCAUAUCCUCCAGGCUACACCUUGAAGGAGAUUCCCAGUGCUUUGGUUCUGCUGACGUCAGCAGCCAUCUUACUGCCUUCCUAGUCAGUCUUUUGAACUUCGACCGGAACUGACCCUAGGCUAACCCCAGAGGCUGUAUGAUAAUCCAGUAUUUGCCUUCAUGCCAAAUCCUUACAACAGCGUAUUAAAGUACAGUGAAAGUCCCAGAUCAAGAAUGACCCAAAAGAACUCAAAGCUUUGUUCCAGAGCCAAUGUGUAUACCCAAGUGCCUGAUGGAGGAUGGGGCUGGGCAAUAGCUAUUGCUUUUUUCUUCGUUGAAGUCUUUACCUAUGGCAUCAUCAAGUCAUUUGGUGUCUUCUUUAAUGACUUAAUGGACAGUUUCGAUGAAUCCAACAGCAAGAUCUCAUGGAUAAUAUCGAUAUGUGUGUUUGUGUUAACAUUUACAGCGCCCCUUUCCACGGUCUUGAGUAACCGCUUUGGACAUCGGCUGGUGGUGAUGGCAGGAGGGCUGCUCAUCAGCACGGGAAUGGUUGCUGCCGCCUUCUCCCAAAAGGUCUACCACAUGUACAUCUUCAUCGGGGUCAUCUCGGGUUUGGGGUACUGCUUUAGCUUCCUCCCAACUGUCACCAUCCUGUCACAGUACUUUGACAAGAGGCGUUCAGUGGUCACUGCUGUGGCGUCCACAGGAGAGUGCUUCGCCGUGUUUGCUUUUGCACCAGCCAUCACAGCUCUGAAGGAGCACAUUGGCUGGCGAUACAGCCUCCUCUUUGUGGGCCUGCUGCAGCUGAACAUCGUGGUCUGCGGCGCCUUGCUGAGACCAAUCAUCAUCAAAGGACCAGGGCCACCGAAAACAAUCGCUCACGAACCCCGGAGAGAAGUGCAAUAUAUGCUUGAAAACGAGAAAACGAGAACCUCAAUAGACUCCAUCGACUCAGGAGUGGAACUAACUACCUCACCAAAAAACGUGCCUAGUCAAGCUCCCACGGAGCAGGAAGCCAGGGCCGAACAGCAGCAGACCCUGGUGGCUGUCCCCAAGCACAACCAGAAGAAAGCCCCACUGUUAGACUUUUCCAUUUUGAAAGAGAAAAGCUUCAUCUGUUAUGCGCUGUUUGGCCUCUUCGCCACGCUGGGCUUCUUUGCCCCUUCGCUGUACAUCAUUCCUUUGGGUAUUAGUCUAGGCAUUGACCGCGACCGCGCCGCGUUUCUGCUAUCUACAAUGGCCAUUGCUGAGGUGUUCGGACGGAUCGGGGCCGGGUUUGUCCUCAACCGAGAGCCCAUCCGGAAGAUCUACAUUGAGCUCAUCUGCGUCAUUUUACUGACCGUGUCUCUUUUCGCCUUCACGUUUGCCACUGAAUUCUGGGGUCUCAUGUUGUGUAGCGUGUUUUUUGGCAUCAUGGUUGGGACCAUAGGAGGGACCCACAUCCCACUGUUGGCCGAGGAUGAUGUCGUUGGCAUUGAGAAGAUGUCCUCUGCAGCUGGGGUCUAUGUCUUCAUCCAGAGCAUUUCAGGGCUGGCAGGACCACCCUUGGCAGGCCUACUGGUUGACCAGAGCAAGAUCUACAGCAGGGCCUUCUACUCCUGCGCAGCAGGCAUGGCCGCAGCUGCUGUGUGCCUCGCCCUGGUUAGACCCUGUAAAAAGGGUCUGUGCCAGCAUCCUCAUUCAGGGGACAGCCAGCCAGACAGUCAUCACAGGAAGGCGUUACAGGACAUUCCAGAAGACUUUCUCGAAAUGGAUCUUGGGAAAUGCGAGCACAGGGUUCAUGUGAAAAUGGAUCCAGUGUGACACAUUCUCAUGGCACAGCUUCUAUGUUGCCUGGGAAAAGAGCCCAUGGGGCAUGCGCCGACCACUGGACCCCACCUUCCAAACUCCAGAAAGGGAAUGCAUGUGUAAGCAGCAGUACCACCAUGUUUCCCUUUCCCAAGUCCCUUUUGCUUGCUCUUUAAGCCAAAACCAAAACAACCAAACACUUCCAUACAGGAAUCCAGCCCUAUUCAGUAGCAAUACACAGAUACGUGGAAGUUCGCUGGUUCACAUCCCCACACCAAAAUGAUGCCAUGAAUUGGCAAACUGGUGUUUAACAUAUUCAUGUGUGUAAACUACUAUUUUAUAAAGCGACAUCCAGCCCAAGUCAUGGAAAUGAAUUGGCCAUUCUAAAAAGAAAAAAAAUCUUGAAUCAUUAAAUACGUUGCUAAUUUUCAGAAAUACAGAUAAAUUAUUUUUUAAACAAUUUGAAAAAUUCUACUAAAGUUUAAAUUGACAAACUAUGACUUCUGAGUUUUCUAAAUACUGCAUGGAAAGAAGGCAAUGCUUAAAAACUAAGCAUUUGAUUAAUAUGCAAAAAAUUAAAAACACAUAACAACUUGAA